GUUUUUAGCGUUUUCGGCUCGGCCGAGUUUGCACUAAUCUAGGUUGAAGUAAUGAUGUUUCGUGCUCUCCUAUUGGUAGAACGUGUAACGUCAACCAAUAGCGAAGCAUUUUCUAACCCAAGUUGGUGCCCGGUCGAACUGAAAACGCCAUAUAUGAAUGCACCUUCAUUAAGGAGCACAUACAAGCGUCAAGCAGCAGAGGCAGCAACUAAUCAACGAAGCAAUUUUUACAGUGGCGUAAAAAAUAUUGUUUUUACACCACUGCCCGUAUCGCCCAGCUGAUUGGUUGCUGUUUUCAUUGCUUGACGCUUGACGCUUGCAUGUGAAUGCGCCUUUAGUACUCCGUAGGUUCCUUUCCAGUUUCACAUUUCACAGCAUAAAUAUACCUAACCUAAAAGAUUCACUUCAGUAGUUCAUUGUUUAUUUACGGUGUUGUACGCGAAGUGCUUGUACAGUUUGCAGUGAAAAGUUAUUUCAAUUUCACGAUGUCGGAAAAAACGAAAAACAUGAGUCAUGUCAAACAUAUUCCCAAAGAUGCUCAAGUCAUCAUGUCAAUUAUGAAGGACAUGGGAAUAACAGAUUAUGAACCUAAGGUGAUAAAUCAACUAUUGGAAUUUACAUAUCGAUAUGUCACAUGUAUAUUGGAUGAUAGCAAAGUAUAUGCCAAUCAUGCCAAAAAGAAGUUCAUUGAUUUGGAUGACGUCAGACUGGCAGUCAAGAUGCAACUAGAGCGUUCGUUCACAAAUCCACCGCCCAGAGAUGUUCUAUUAGAUGUGGCACGAACCAAGAAUAAUAUUCCGCUGCCUUUUGUCAAACCAAAUAAUGGCCUCAGAUUACCACCAGAUCGAUAUUGCUUAAACGCACCGAAUUAUAGACUUAAAAAUACGAUGAAGAAGGUUGUUCAAAAAUCUGGACACUCUUUAGUUGGCAAUAAUCAAUCCGGUGGACAGCCAAGAUCGAAAAUAGAGGGAAAUAAGACUAGUGUGUCGAUUGUUAAAAGACCUGGCACACUUGCCACUGUUGCAAGAACACAAACUAUUUCUAUACCGAAACCUGUUUUGAAAUUUUCCACAGCGGCAACAAGUACUACAACAGUAAAAACACAAGUAACGAAACCGAAGAUACAGAUUACUUCCAAUCAAACGUUGCCGAGCGUGAAAAUGGAAACCGACGAAUCAUUGAAAAGAAAACGAGAGGAAGAGGAUUACGAUAUGCCAUAAUUUUAAGUUCUGAAUGCUAUUCUGUUUUAAUGAUUAAUAUUCUCUAACAUUCUAUAAUAAUUCUAUAAUCCGUUUUUUGUUAAAAUAAU